AUGUUACGCAAGUUUGCUGGUACUGCAACAAAUGCAGUCCAUCUACUGGAAGGUGGUAAUUGCAAAAUUUGUGUGGUACUUGGAUGGGCAAUGGGGAUAGGUCUUGGUGCUUAUGCAGCUGGUCGUUUAUCAGGUGGACAUAUGAAUCCGGCCAUAUCGUUUGCAUUUUAUCUUUGCGGCAAAAUAUCUGCAUUUAAAUUUAUAAUGUAUUCGAUUGCCCAAUUAUCCGGUGCUUUUAUGGGCAGUCUAACCACAUUCUUUUUUUAUUACGAUGGAAUCAAUCAUUUUGAUGGCGGUAAGCGGCAGAUUAUUGGACCAAAAGCAACAAUUGGAAUAUUUGUUCCUUGGCCACAGGAAUAUUUAAGCAUUUCUGGCUGCAUCUUCGAUCAGUUUAUCGGUACAGCACUUCUCUCUUUCUGUAUAAUAAUGUUGACCGAUCCACGGAAUAAAAUUCCACCAGCAACACAACCGGUCAUUCUCAUGUUUACCAUCAUGUUGGUCGGUGUAUGUGCUGGUGCAAAUGCGGGUGGUGAGAUUAAUCCGGCAAGAGAUCUUGGACCAAAACUUAUGGCUCUUUGUGUUGGUUAUGGUUGGGAUGUUUUCAGCUAUCGAGAUCAUAAAUGGUUCUUGAUACCAAUCUUUGUCCCAUUUCUCGGUGCAGCAUUUGGUGCUUGGUUCUAUCAUUUAGCUCUUGGAAUUCAUAUUAGCGACGACAAAGAUCAUAACAAAAUGGACGGUCAUGUGCAAAUGAAUGAAGUGAGCAGAGUGACAAUAGGCAAAUCACGGAUAGCAAUUACGAAUUGA